AUGGAAUCACUCACACCGACCAAACAACCCAUCGCCAUCCGUCCAGAACAUGUUGCUUCAUCGACCACAACAAUUCAAGUGAAGCAACAUAGCGCGAGCUGGUCCAGCGGCAAUUUCACAAUUUCAAGCACUCCAACUGCUGAAGAACCUCUUUUAACCAAGCUCUUUACCGUCGACGGCGAUGUUGCCUCAUGGUCUCAGCGACGACAUUUCUGCGAUGCCUCAGGUCUUCCCCUUUUUGAGAUAUCUCGGAAAAAGGCCGGGGUAACCUGGUAUAUUCAUCGUCCCGGAGAGAGUAGCAGUAAAGGAAACGAGCCAAUUGCUACAGUUGUACCGCAAUGGAGCGCUCUCAAAGACAAGUUUGACGUGCAUCUUCGGAAUGCUGCUGCAAAUGGAGAAGAGAUAAUACUGGAGGUUCGCGGACAGAAUAUCUGGAAGUCCAAGACAAAUGUUUAUCACCGUGGUAAUUUGGUGAUGAUUGUAAAAUUGACGGAUAUCGCUGCGGUGUACCUACCCGUAAAACGACCAUCAUGGGAAGUGGUGGUGGCUGAAGGAAUGGAUCUUUCGCUGGCUUCAGUUAUUGCCGUUCUUCUAGCUACAGUGUUAUACCAGAGCAGCGGCAAAGGAAAGGCACCGGUGAGGAAUGAUGGUCCCGCUGAAGGAAACAAUGCAUCAACUUGA